AAUGCAGCAAAAAUGAGCCUCAGUGGGGUGCAAAGCCUUGCCUGGAAGCAGGAGCGCAUGCAGAGCCCCCAGUUUUGUCCUUGCAGGUCAGAGCAGCCGUCUGGUUUCUUCUGGGUGGGGAAGGUUCCCCGUUCACAACAGAGGAUCUGGGCCCGGGAGCAGUCUCCCCACCUGGGCUGCUGCCAGCUCCUCUUGGAUUUCCUGCUGCCCUCGUGGAAAGCUUUCCUUAUGCCUAUAAAUAUUUACCGUGGCCCUAAUGGCGGUAAUUAUGCAUGCCCAUGCUAGUGUGAGGUGCACUUCUACCCGUCACCGUGGCUUUGUAACCCCUGAGGAUCUCGUCUUCUGCCUUCUUGCCUGGUGUGACCUCACCUGGCGCGGAGGGGGACGUAGCCAGCCGAUUCCUAGAGAGCGACGAUUUAUUGCAGCCGAUUAAAGUCAACCUGCUGGAAGGAAGCCUGGCCGGAGAGCCCUGGGUCUCUGCAAGGUGGGGGAGGCGUGGGAUGGAAAAUGCAUGCCCAUGCUGCGUGCUUGCAACUGGGAGGGAGCGAGGGAAGGCGGGAGGACGAGUCAAGCCGGGGCAGGGGGUGAAGAGCUUUGCCCCCCAGGGCACCGGCUGGACCCCCACGUUCAGAGCUUGGAGGGAGAGACCCAGGGCAGGUGAAAGUCCUGCCUUUCCUUGCUGCUGCUAUGGACCCCCUGAGUCCUGUGGCUGACGGGGCACGGCACUGGGGGGCUCCUUCCAGCCCAGCAUCCCCAGGUGCCGAGGAGGGGGUCAGUCUAGACCCCUUUGGGCCUCCCCAGGGUGAGGAAGAGAUGCAAGACUGCGAGAGAGAGGUAGAGAUGUCAUGGGGACAAGCAAGGCUCUUGUCUGCACCCAGGGAACUAUUAAGGACCCGAUGCCUCCCCCCCUGACCCUGCAGACACAUCAAGCCCCCUCCUAUAAACCCUCUGCAUCCCCUGCUGACUGCCCAUAGAGCCCAGCGGGCACCACAGACUCCCCCGUGCACCUCCUGUGCCAGUCUCCACUCCAGCACCGGGGCUGGCCCGUGCUCGGUGCUGCACGUGGCAUUGCAGGAGCCCCUCCCAGUGCCACCGCUUCGCUCGUCCUGCUGCCAUGCUCACACUGUGUCCUCUAUCCCCGUCUAGCCGGCGUGCCAGUUCUCCCCACGGCCAGGACCAGCCGCGCCUCUGCUAUGUCCCUGCCCAACAGCAGACGACCUUCCACUGGAUCUCGAAGGAGUGGCUUGGCCUCGUUCUUUAAAUCCUCGGCGCCCCCGGCCACUCCGACCGAGAAACAGCCUCUUCUUCCUGCCUCCAGGCGCCCUUCCCCGCCCGUGAGCAUGCGGGACACCUACGGCACCUCCUCGCUGAGCAGCAGCAGCAACUCGGGCUCUUGCAAGGGCAGCGACAGCAGCCCCACCCCCAGGCGCCCAGUCAAGUACACGCUGUGCAGCGAUAACCAUGGGAUCAAGCCCCCGACACCUGAGCAGUACCUGACCCCACUGCAGCAGAAGGAAGUCUGCAUCCGGCACCUGAAGGCACGGCUGAAGGACACCCAGGACAGGCUGCAGGACAGGGAUACGGAGAUCGAGGACCUGAAGACGCAGCUGUCGCGGAUGCAGGAGGACUGGAUCGAGGAGGAGUGCCACCGCGUCGAGGCCCAGCUGGCGCUCAAGGAAGCCCGCAAGGAGAUCAAGCAGCUGAAGCAGGUGAUCGACACGGUGAAAAACAACCUGCUGGAGAAGGACAAGGGGCUGCAGAAGUACUUCGUGGACAUCAACAUCCAGAACAAGAAGCUGGAGACGCUGCUGCACAGCAUGGAGGUGGCGCAGAACGGCACGCUCAAGGAGGACGGGGCCGGGGAGUCGGCGGGGGGCUCGCCGGCCCGCUCCCUCACCCGCAGCUCCACCUACACCAAGCUCAGCGACCAGGCGGCCGGCGACAAGAACGUGGGGGGCUCGCAGACCAUCUCGGUGGAGGAGGUGGGCGACAGCGGCUUCGCGGCGGCCGAGGACUCGCUGAGCCGCAUGGACUUGCUGGAGCCCAGCAGCCUGCUGUCGUCCGGGCUGGAGUGCGGCACGGAGGAGGCUUCGCUGCACGGCUCCUUCACGCUGGGCUCCCGCCUGCCCGCCAGCUCCACCUACGAGAAGCUGCUGGGCGCGCCCAGCGCGGUGGAGGCCGGCGUGCAAGCCAGCUGCCUCCAGGAGCGGGCCAUCCAGACGGACUUCGUGCACUACCAGCCUGACUUGGACACCAUCCUGGAGAAGGUCAUGAAGGCCCAGGCCUGCAGCCUGGGCAGCCCCACCUCCGGCUGGGUGUCGGAGAUGGACGACGCGGUGCCCGGCACAGAGACUCAGGCCCAGAGCUAUGCUGGCACCAUGGACUUGACGGCCACGGACCCCAGCUCGACCGUGGUGGUGACCGCGGAGGUGGGGGCAGAGACGCCGGAGGGGAAAACGAGCCCUGGCCCGACUAGUGGCAACCCCGCCGUGCACCAGGCCGCCGGCCCGGCUGUGACCAUCCUGUGCGCCACGGAGGAGGAGACUCCCGAGCCCGGCAUGGAGGCUGCGGUCCCCAAGAGCUACUGGAGCCGCCACUUCAUCGUGGACCUGCUGGCCGUGGUGGUGCCGGCCAUGCCCACGGUGGCCUGGCUGUGUCGCACCCAGCGGCGGCAGGACCAGCCCAUCUACAACAUCAGCUCGCUGCUGCGCGGCUGCUGCACCGUCGCCUUGCACUCCAUCCGCAAGAUCAGCUGCCGCUCCGUCAGCCCCCCGGGGGCCGGUGCCCAGCCCUAGGCGCGCCCCCAUCCCGCCUGCCUGCCUCGCGCCCGCUCCGUGGCCCUCCUCGUGCCCACCAGACCACUGAUUGUACAUCUCAUCCACGCCGAACCUUCCUUCAUGUCGCUCGCAGGACAGGGGACCUUGGCCCACUUGGAGCCGCUGCGACUAUUUAUGCAAUGGCAGGGAGGGGUCCUGGGGGGGCACAGACCCAGAUGCCCAGCCAGCAGGGCACGGACUGCCUGCCACGGCUGGCCACAGGCUUUGUGGAGGGGAGAGGAUGUCCCAGACCCCUCUCCGGACUGGUAGACCCUGCCCAGCCCGUUGCCCUUGCUGCUUCUGGACGGUUGAGGGUUCCUGCCAGCUGCCCAAGGGGCUUGUGUUGCAUUUGGAUUUGUGUUUGCAGGGCCCGGGCCCUCUCCUGCACCUGCGUGUGGUGGCUGUAGCUCUCCAGUAGCAUUUUAGGACUGGCACUGGGCUGCCAGAGACCCGGGAGGGGGCAGACGCUGGGGCAGGCAGCUCCCCGCCUAUCUGAGCAGGGUGGGGGCAAGUGCAGGACGCACAGCCCUCCCUCCCGAGGGGCGCACGGCACUUGGCAACCCCAGGCGCACCUCUGCUUGGCAUUGCUCAUCCUUGCUGCUCUGCCCCCACGGGGCUCACCCAGCCACGGCUGCGAGGGACCCCGGAUAUACCUCACGCGAGCCCCAGCCGGAGCCGGAGCCCCAGCCGGAGCCGUCUCUGGGCAGCACCCCCCCUGGGCUGCCCACAGUGAGAUGUCCUCAAGUUCAGUGUUGCUCAUUCUUUGCUUUGCACUACGGUCACUUUCUUUGCAAAAACCUCGAGCUCUCUGCAGUGCUGCUCACUGCCCAGCCCUGCACCAGGCUGGCACGGUGCUGCGGGCAGGGGUGGUGGGUAAGUGCGUGCACCGGG